AUGUCAGCAUUUUGCAAAUGUGUCACAAGAUACAACAUACAAGGCGGGAGUUGUGCGGGUGGUCCAUUAAUUACAGGUGGGGGUGGUACCGGUGCUCCAUUAAUUACAGGUGGUAGUGGUACCGGUGGUCCGUUGAUAACAGUUGGGAGUACCGGUGGUCCAUUAAUAACAGGUUGGAGUGGUACCGGUGCUCCGUUAAUUACAGGUGGCAGUGGUACUGGUGGUCUAUUAAUAACAGUUGGGAGUGGUGCCGGUGGUCCAUUAAUAACAGCUGGGAGUGGUGCCGAUGGUCCAUUAAUUACAGGUGGGAGUGGUGCCGAUGGUCCAUUAAUAACAGGUGGGAGUGGUGCCGGUGGUCCAUUAAUUAUAGGUGGGAUUUGUACCGGUGGUCCAUUAAUAACAGGUAGGAGUGGUGCCGCUGGUCCAUUAAUAACAGGCGGGAGUGGUACCAGUGCUCCAUUAAUAACAGACAUUAACCAAGUGGAUACCUCAAAUGAUUGA